UCCUUUGGUUGCUUAGUGACUGACAGUUGUUGCGGAUCUUGAAUUAGUAAACAGUCUUUGAAUUUAGGGAGAGAUUUUGCAGAUCCGUCCGGAUUUAGGGGAGUUAUUAGGUCCGGUGAUGCUGCAGAGUGCUUGGGAAUAGCUACACUCUAGGUUUGUAUUGAUCCGGCCGUUGCCGCAAGGCUCGGGCCUAACUUUCUGCGACAGCUGCGAUACAGGUCUUGCUCAGUUGACAGUCCACGAGGUCCUAUACACAUAAUAAAACCAAAACGAGGCUAGAAAUACCAAAGUGAGGUCUGGAACGCAUACAAAGUGAGGCUUGGAAUGCACCACAUGACCCGAAGGCCUUGCGUCGCCAUGGAAACAAAUAGAUUACUAUGGCUUCUGUGGGAAGGUUCAUGAGAGCGAUCCGGGUCUCUGAGUUUGGGAAACCUGAGGUUCUAAAGUUCCUUACAGAUGUCCCCGUGCCGUCACCAGGGGAGAACCAGGUUUUGAUCCGAGUGCACGCCUGCGGAAUUAACCCUGUGGACACUUACAUCAGAGCCGGCGUCUACGCCCGCAAACCAAACUUACCCUACACCCCCGGCAGCGAUGUCUCAGGGGUGGUGGAAGAAAUUGGCAGAAAUGUUACCACAUUUAAGAAAGGAGACCGCGUGUUCACCAGAGCUACAGUCACGGGGGGAUAUGCCGAAUACGCCGUCGCCUCCGAAGAUACCGUAUACCAGCUUCCCGAGCAGCUGAACUUUAAGCAAGGAGCCGCCAUAUCUGUCCCGUACUUCACCGCCUACAGGGCACUGUUUCAGAAAGGGCACGGUAAAUCUGGGGAGCUGGUCCUCGUACAUGGUGCCAGCGGAGGAGUGGGGAUAGCAGCUUGCCAGAUUGCCAGGGCCUAUGGGUUCAAGGUGUUCGGCACUGCCGGCAGCCAAGAAGGGUUAAACCUGGUUUUACAGAAUGGAGCCCACAAAGCGUUCAACCACAAGGAGAAGGAUUAUAUGGAGAAGAUCCAGGAGGCUGCAGGAGCAGAAGGGGUUAAUGUCAUCCUGGAGAUGUUGUCCAAUGUGAACCUCAGCAAUGACCUGAAGCUCCUAUCAUCUGGUGGCCGAGUGAUUAUUGUCGGCUGCCGAGGUUCUAUUGAAAUUAACCCCAGAGACACAAUGGCCAAGGAGUCCAGUAUAAUCGGGGUACAACUCCAUGGCUCCACUAAGGAGGAUUGGAGGGAGGCCGGAGCGGCUCUCUUUGGGGGAAUGGAGAGCGGAUGGCUAAAACCAUUGAUCGGGCCUGAGUAUUCAUUAGAGAAGGCAUCUCAGGCCCAUGAAGACAUCAUCCAGAACAGCGGCGCCACCGGCAAGAUGGUCUUUGUCCUCUGAGCCGUCAUCUGUUUUCUGGUUGGCCUUGAUUAUAAAUCCUACAUGUGGAAUACCCUAUCACUGAUGAUUCCUGGGCCGAUCAGUCACUGCUUUAUACAUCGUCUCUCACGGCCUGAUCACUGGACUUUUCCAAGAGAAUGUGUUAUACAAAAAGAUCUUAUAAAUAAAGGUCCAUUCUGAAACUGUGAACAUUUUCAAAAGAGGGCGUUCAUCUUUACUAUGUUUUUAUGUAAUGUAAAAAAAAAUUGUAUUGCCCUUCUUUUUUGUGUGUGUCUGUGGGAGUCUUUUUUUUCUUGGUGAAUGAACAAGUUAAUAGAAUCAGUUUUUAUUAUUUGAUUUAUUUUUUAUACAGUAUACAUGGACUUGGAGUGGACUUUGCACUGUCCCUUUAAAGGUGUACUCCAGUGUAAAACUUUUCUUUUUUUUUUUACAUCAACUGGUGCCAGAAAGUAAAACAGAU